AUGUAUAUAUAUUUAAUUCUAAUCUCACUUGUCCUAACUAUUUAUGGUGUAGAAAAAUCAAAAUUAUUUUCAUAUAGGAUUAUUGCAUUAAAAGAUUAUGACUUUUUUAAUCAAUUACAAAUAGGUAAUUUUACUAAUGAUUAAUUAGAUAAGAAAAUGGAAAAGCCAUGGUUUGUAUUCUUUUUUAUGGAGCAUGAAGAAAAAUCAAAAGAAUUUAUUCCAAUCUUUGAUAAAUUAGCAGAGGAAUUUAAAACUACUAAUAUGUACUUUUCAGCUGUUGAUAUGUAUUUAUUUUAUUUAACAUUAGAUAUGAAAAUGAAGAUGUAAGAGAUAGAAUAGUAGUGUCAACAUUUCCUUAAUUAGUUUACUUUGAUAUGAAUAGUCUUAUGUAUAGAUAUAGUGGAGAAUUAACCUUUGAAGAUGUUUCAAAUUUUGUGAGAAAUGAAGAAUGGACUAAACUUUAAGGAAAGAAAGUACCUAAAGAAAUCAAUUAUUGGAAACGUACUAUAAGAAAGCUGACUGGCAUUGUUGCUGUAAGUAUAAUGUAUAAUAGUAUAGAUUCUAAUAUAUUCAAUAAUUUUUACCAUUAUUGCAAUCAUAUGUUACUUUUAAAAAAGAUCACAUUCUAAUUUGUUGAAGAAAAUCAGAAGAAUUGACAUAGCCUAGCAAAAUAUUUAGGAAAAGAAAAAGAAAUAUAUGAAAAUUGAAUGAGU